UUUGUCCACUCGAUGCUUCUUUGGACAUACUCUUUCUCCGAACACUCUAUAUAAACCUGACCCGCACGUCUCUCUUCUUCAUCCUCACUACAUUCUCACGUAUCCAACUCCUUCAGAGAAGCAAUACUUGAAUUCAUCCCUCGUUUGGCUGAAUAUAACCAAAUGGCAGAGAAGAACCAGAACCAAUACCAACUACCCGAGUCGAAUGCCUAUCGCCGGAGCGAUCAAGAAUCGCUUCAUACCAUGGAGGAUGAGGAGGCCAAACGCAAGAAGAGGAUGAAGUGGACGAUCGGCAUCAUCGCCUUCGUCAUCUUUCAGGUAGUCCAAGCUCUCUUCUUCGUCCUGGUCAUCAUGAAGUUCAAGUCCCCCAAGUUCAGGGUCGGCGACUUUGCCAUCCAGACUCUGACUGUCGGGACUCAGGCCUCCCCUUCGUUCGACUUGAGCUUCGUUGCCCCGAUCCGAGUCAAGAACACCAACUGGGGUCCCUUCAAGUACGAUGCCUCCACUAUUAACUUCACCUAUGGAGGUGUCCAGGUGGGACAAGCCAUCAUUCCGAAGAGCAAGGCCAACUUCAAGUCCACCGAGAAGAUCGAUGUGGACGUAACUUUGAGCUCUGGCAAUUUGUCUAGCGAUAUCAAUUCUAAUCUCGGAAGCGAACUGAGCUCUGGGGUCAUAACGUUGACUAGUCAAGGCGAGCUUAAAGGAAAGAUUACAGUCAUGUUCAUGUUCAAGAAGAAGAAGACCUCGCAAAUGAAUUGCACCAUGGCAAUCAAUACUACAACAAAGAUGGUCCAAUCCUUGUCGUGUAAAUGAAAUUCCUAAGUGUAAUUCUCGGCGAUGGACAUCUUGCGAGCUCACUUUUAUAUCUUCUUUCUACGAGUUAUCCAUCGAUUGAAUAGAGAAAUUUAUG